AUGGAGCAGGGAGAGCAAGCCAAGGCAAGCAUGGAGCAGAACCAAGUGUCCUCAGCUGCCUCCGUCCAGCCCAGCAGGAGGGGAGAGGAGAACCGGUGCAAGCGGUACCUGGACUACAUCCAUGUGAUGACUUAUGACUUCCAUGGCUCCUGGGAUGGACAAACUGGCGAGAACAGCCCUCUGUAUAAAGGCCCAGCUGACACUGGUGACCUCGUCUACCUCAAUGUUGACUAUGCUAUGAACUAUUGGAAGAACAGUGGUGCCCCAGCUGAGAAACUCCUUGUUGGAUUCCCAACCUACGGACAUAACUUCAACCUCCAAAACCCAUCUGACACUGCUGUUGGGGCACCAGCAUCAGGACCUGGGCCAGCUGGACCUUACACAAGGCAGGCUGGGUUUUUGGCUUACUACGAGAUCUGCACAUUCCUGGACUCUGGAGCCACCCAGGCUUGGGAUGCCCCCCAGGACGUGCCCUAUGCCUACAAGGGCAACGAAUGGGUUGGCUACGACAACAUCAAGAGCUUCAGCAUCAAGUUCGACUGGCUGAAGCAGAACAGUUUUGGAGGUGCUAUGGUUUGGGCCCUUGAUAUGGAUGACUUCACUGGCUCUUUCUGCAAGCAGGGCAAAUAUCCCUUGAUCACCACCCCGAAGAACGUUCUUGGUCUCCAAAACAGUGGUGAGGAACUUGAGUAA